AGCAGCAGGCAAGCUGCUUUUCUCCCUGCCUCUCAGCUGAUUGGCGGGUGGGCGGGGCUUCCAGGGAGGCCUCCGUGUAGGCCUCAGUCAAGCCUGAAUUUGAGUAGGCUGGCAAGCCCCAGGAAGAAGGCUGGCAGUCAGAGUGGCCACUACAGCUCUCUGCAGCAGACCCUCUUCCCAGGCCAGACAGCUCAGCCUUUGCCAGGCAGUGGAACAGGAGGAAAGAGGCCUCCCACAUUCAAAGCUCACUGCCCAGAUACCAGCUUGUCAAGAUGAGUUCCAGACCUUUGUACAUACUUAUGGAUAUUCUGUGGAUGAGAUGAAGCUGUUACAACCACACACAAACAGUAUUUUCCAACUUUGUGUGCUCAACAAAGCAGAUUCUCUCUGUAAAUAUGCCCAGUGGGCAAACUGAUGCUGCCUGAAGAUCUACUGUUCUGAAGCAAAAUGGAAAUCACUUCAUGUGUUACAUGCAAAGACACAUACAUUUGUGAGCCUUUGACCUUAUCUCUGUUGGAGAUAAACUUCCAGUGCAUCGACCUUUUGCACCUACUGUCCUAAUGACCACUAAGGGCAUUGGGAGUAGAGACAGUGAGUCAGGGUCUCCCUAUCUGUCCCUACUCUAUGACCCCUGAACUGACUCUGCAGCACUUCCUGUGCUGAGUCACAAUCCUUCCUUUCCUCCUAGAGAGCAGAUGGAAACAUCUCGCUCUCUCCUUACCUAUCCACUAUGUAGUCCUUUAGAUUAGAGAUAGGUCUUUCCUGUCUAAGUGUAUUUAACCAAUAAAUGUUUAGUGUUUAGUCACACAAGGAUCUCCAUGUGUUUUCUCUAAAUAGCUGCAAUAUCCAAACCAUCCGCUGCUACCUACUCUGUAACUGGAGUGUGCUCUGCUGUUUUACCUAUUGUGAGUAAAAUCAACAACCUCUAACAAUCUCAAGGGAAAGACUCUGGUUAAAACUUACAGACUCCACCAUAGAUAAGCGCCUACUGUUACUUAUAUAUAACUUUAUGAAGAUUCCCGCCUGAGGGUGCAAUGCAGUGCUCGAGGACAUCUAUCAGCUGAAAUUUUGACUCAAAGGGGUGUUAGACAGGUUUGUAUUCUGGCCCCAAUUCUGUUCGAUUUCUAUAUUAAUUCCCUGGUAUCUCACCUAAACAAUCCAGAUUUCCACCCACCCAAGCUGGCAAAUAAACAUCUAUUGAUUCUGCUUUAUGCAGAUGAUAUGGUCUUGCUGGCACAGACCCCAAUUGGGAUGAAGCGGGUGCUUGCCUCACUAAGUGCUUACUGUGCAGACGAGGCGCUAGAAGUCAACAAUUCUAAAAUGAAGGUGAUGGCCAAAUGACCCAAGUCUCACUCAUGGUCUAUGAAUGGCCACACAAUUGAACAAGUGAAAAAUGUUAAAUAUCUUGGAGUCAUAUUUCAUUCUGCAGGAGGCCAUAGAGCGCUCUUCAACUAUGUAACCCAAAAUGCCCAGCAAUCAGCUGAUGCUAUUAGGUCCUUUCACUUUACCAGGGGAGCCCUUUUCAUUCCAGCUGCUAUAAAACUCUUUACAGCUAAAGUUUACCUGCAGCUCUUACAUGGUGCCCAACUUGGCCCUCCUUUUACCCCCCUGGAAGUAGUACCAACUACAUUUUUAAGAACUAUCUUUCAGGUACCAUGUUGUGUUCCCAAUACUAUCCUUAGACGUGAGGCAGGAGUCUUUAGACUAGAAAUGAGAUUCUGGCUGAGCAUUUUUAGGUUUUGGCUGAAGCUGAUCUUCGCCCAAGUGGGCUUGGCUCCCCCAACACUUGUAGAUAGCUACGCCUCAAAAUGGAAGGUGGCACUAAGAUAUAAGUUACAAUCUUACGGUCUCCCCCAGGAAGAACUCAUUAGGAUGGGGUAUGAUCAAGCCAUGCGGGUCAUCAAACAGCAUGUCUUAGAUAUAGAACUGCAAGAAGAAUUAGCAAAGUUGCCGAGAGGGAUCUAUAUAGGCAAUCAGCCCUUAAAUGUAAGGCCUGCUGAAUAUCUAAAUAGUUUAACAACAGCAACAUUUAGGAGAGCUAUGACUUUAGCUCGCCUAAAUGCACUCCCUACUGCAGUUCUAAAGGGGAAGUUUAAGAAACUACCAUAUUCAGCCCACCUCUGCCCCUGUGGCUCGGGAGAUAUAGAAACUACUGCACACGUAAUCCUUUACUGCACAUUUUACAAAGAUAUUCAUAUUAAUUUUAUUUCCCUGUUAUUAAUGGAGUUUCCUGGCCACACCGACGAUUUUUACUUAGAUUAUCUGCUGUCCAGUUUUAAAGAAACAGUCUCUAGUAAUGUGGCCAAGUUCUGCUAUGUAGUUUGUAAAACGCUCAAAGAACUUAUUACCUGAUUGGAUAUUGUUAUUGUUUAUUUAUCAUGCUGGUCAAUGACCAAAAUAAAGUAUCUA